AUGCCUAAAGUAAUAAAGAAAGCGUCCUCGUCUUCAAUGCACCAAGCAUUACCAUCAAUUCAAAUGCCAUUUCCACCACCACACCUCGACAUGGAGUUCUACCUCACAAAAACACUCGCGAAAACCAAGAACAGUGCAAGACGUGGAAAACCACCAAACGAAUGGAUGUUGUAUCGUUGGGCAUUUGACAAUUUUCUGAAAACUCGUCCAUCGAGUUUACAAUCAAUUGAUUACUACGGUGAUGAUGAUAACAAUGAUAACAUUAUUAUUAAUAAAACAAUUGACGUGAGCAAAAUUCCGCAGACUAAAGUCUCAAAAUUAGCAGGUAUUAGCUGGAAAAGAGAACCCGAGAAAGUUAAACGGUAUUAUAGGGAGCUGGCUAAAGAUGCCCAAAUACGGUUUAGAGAAGAAUUACCUGCAUAUUUUAAACCUACCGUUAAAGUCUCGAUAAGAAAAGAUAAAAUCCAAUUGUCUUCGCCGCCCAUUGUUAUCGGGCGUGGUGCAAUGGGAGAAGUGUAUUUGGGAACUUUUCAAGGAAAACAAGUUGUAAUAAAGAAAAGUCUGUGUGAAAUCGAUGUUCGAAAAGAAUACAACAAUUAUUUUCGGCUACAAAACCACCCGAAUCUUUUAAAAUUCUAUGGAGUGGUACGAGAAGACAGACACACAUUUUCACUGGUGUUGGAAUACGCCCCAAAUGGCAAUCUAUCAAACUACCUAAAAGUUAACACUGUCACCUGGGAAUGGAAAGCAAAAGUAUGCCGGGAUAUCGCACUCGGAUUAAUACACUGUCAUAACUUAAAUGUGGUGCAUUUUGAUUUGAAACCCGAAAAUGUGCUAUUGAGUGCUAAUUGUGUACCAAAAUUGGCGGAUUUUGGAGUGUCAAAAACGAAAUCCCGAAUGGAACUGGAUAAUAAUAAGGCGGGUGGAACGUUAAAUUAUGUGGCUCCUGAACGUGUUUGUCGUGAAGAAAAGAUGCGAGCAUUUUUUGAAAGAUUUCCUAAAUUAUCGGAUGUCUAUUCAUAUGGUCUGAUUCUAUGGUCAGUGGCCAAAGACGGAGAUCAUCCAUAUGAUGGUAUGGAUGAUGAUGAAAUAAGAGAGGAGAAACGAUCACCACAAUCUUCUUUACGAUUAAUGAACCAAUUACCAAAAACCACACCUGAGGGUUUUUCUCAACUGAUAUUCGAAUUAAUACAAUAUAAUCCUCAGGAACGAAAAGAGUUAACUACUGUUAGUCUUGAACUGGAAUAUCUCUAUGAUGACGAUGAUGAUUUUGCGUAUUGUGAUGAUGAUGGUGGAAGUCUACGCAUUGACUUUUAUUCUGAUGAAGAAGAUUCAUCAAACAAAGGCACAGAUCCAGAAUUUUCUGAUAAUAAUAUGGACAGUUUCGAUCAUACUCGAGUAUUGUCAUCUUCAACUACAAUUGGAAGUUCAAAUGCUAGCGAGAGAGAGAUUGACGAAUAUACCGAGAAGGAGAAAAUUGUUUCAAAUGAAAAAUUAGUACAAGAAAAUAAUAAUUAUAUUCAAGAAAAGUCACACCUCAGUCAAGAGAAAGCGGUAAAACCAAACAACUUAGGAAUAAUUCUACAUAGAACUAUUUCGGAACCUCCCCAACCGAUCCAACCACCUCAAAGAGCACAGGAACGAUCCCCUCCUUCAUCAAGCGGCACUAACACUGAUGGUGAAUCUCAAAUUACCCUGGUGAGUUCACCAAAGACACCAAAAUCACCUGAAUUUGGAACUUACGUGGCAAAAACUGUCGAAGCAAGAAUUAUUGAAGAUACGUUAAAUAUUUUCGCUGAUUGGGAAAAUGUGUCUGAUGAUGUAAUGUCAAGAAGACUCAUUCAAUUUGCCGAUGAGAAUAGAAUUGAACCAAGUGAUUUACUUAACUUGUUCUUAAUGGAGAAACAUCCAACACAAGACACUUAUUUUGCUGUUGGAUUUAUGAAUGAACAUGGAAUCGGAAAAUCACGUGAUCACGAUAUCGCUUUUCAAAAUUACCACAAGGCAGUAGAUUUGGGUGAUGUACGUUCAGAAAUAUAUCUCGGAUGGUGUUACUAUAAAGGAACGGGUACCACAAAAGAUCCUCCUAAAGCAUUUGAUUGUUUCAAAAACGCUGCCAAUAAAGGAUGCGUAUCUGCAAUAAACAACGUCGGGUGGUGUUACGAUAUUGGAUUCGGGACUACUGUAGACCCAAAUAAAGCUUUCGAAUAUUUUAAAAGGUCUGCGGAAAAAGGAUACGCUACUGCACAAUGUCGAGUUGGUGUGUGCUAUGAGUAUGGUCGAGGCACUAUUAAAGAUCUUGAAAAAGCUCUAGAAUGGUAUGGAAGAGCUGCUGAACAAGGUCAUGAAAUGGCAAGAAAACGAGUUACAGAAUUAACGAAAAAUAUUCCACGUGAACGUCCAGGUCAUCGCAGAAGCUUCUUUAAAAGUUUUGUGAGUUAUUGGUUUAAUUAG